AUGAUUGAAUGCCCCGUGUUUCACGUGAAUGGCGACCAUCCAGAGGUAUGUUGGCCUGCAUGGGCGGAUGAGGGGGAGUACAGGACUGUGCAAAUCUUAAAAGAAUAUGUAAUAGAUUUUCAUCUUUAAUGUCACAGGAGGUGAUACGAGCAUGUCGUCUUGCGAUGGAAUAUCGAAUGAAGUAUAGAAAAGAUGUGAUCGUCGAUAUGUUGUGUUACAGAAGAUGGUAAAAAAUUAAUUAUGUUUGCAAAAUCCACCUCUAUAAACCAAUACCUUUCUAAUACAGGCACUGAACCCUGUCCAUUCAGUGUUUGUAUUAGAGAAGAUGGACAGGGUUAUAUAGGCUUACUAAGCGCCUUUCACCUCUGAGAUCGUGGGUUCUAUUCUCGCUAUGGGCUCGUGAUACUUAUGUGAAAAGAGUCACUCAACCGCAGGAAGUGUUGACAGGGUGAGUUGGGAUUAGCCCCUAACUGACCCUAACUGAUCAUAGCUGUGUUCCGUGUGAUCAGUUAUGAGGUGCAUGGCUGCCAGAGGAGCCCUUAAUUUAAGCCGGUUUUCCCAUAGAUAUCUUAUAUACACUAGAUAGCGCAUCUCUUUUAGUAAAAUUGAAGCCAAGAAUAUUCCAGCGGUUACCCCCAUUUGAAUAGAUGGCGGCCAUGUUGGUCGUUCCCACUUGCUAAUAAACGCUUAAAAACAACAAUAACUUUCAUAAUUUGAAUAGUUUAAAAACGUAUUUGGAAUAGGGUUAACUUAAUGUUUAAGUUCCUUGUUUAAGAAAUGGAAAACAUACGAAUCUUCUCACUUCAUGGGAACGACCUGAGACUGCAAUCACGGCUUCAAUUUUUGAAUUGCAGAAUAAUUAGAUGCACUAUCUAGUGUAUGUAAGAUAUCUAUGGGUUUUCCACUUGCGAAUUUUUUCGCGCGAACGAAUUUUUCUUUUGUCUUUAUCCAAUUAGUUCCAGCUGGUUCCAUUUGAAAGACAAGUGAAAAAUUCGCUUAGCCUGAAAAAAUUCGCAAGUGGAAAACCGGCAUUAAGCCGGUUUUCCACUAGCGAAUUUUUUCGCGCGAAGCGACCUUUUUCCUUUGUCGGUAUCACUUAUUACGUCAGCAAGACGUGGCAAAAUGGAUGCCGACAAAGGAAAAAGGUUGCUUCGCGCGAAAAAAUUCGCUAGUGGAAAACCGGCUUAAGAAAGCCUUUGACUCGAUCAGCUCCGUCCUUCGCAAUUCAGCUUAGCUCUCAGUUGUAAGUAAGGAUGAUUAGCACACCCCCAUCUAUAGCGCUUUGAUACAACCCUACUUCGAUUAUUGUUCUCCCCUUUGGGACACCCUUUGGGACACUUGUAACAAGACAUUAAAAGACAAAUUGCAGAAGUUUCAAAAUCGAGCAACUAGGAUAAUAGCUAUUGCUGCAGGUUAUGAGAUCAGGUCUGCUGACGUUCUUCAAUCUCUUGAAUGGGACAAUUUAGAAUCUAGAAGAAAAUUAACUAAGGCAACUCUUGUUUAUAAAAUUCUAAACGACCAUAGUUCGCCGAACUUGAAAGAGUUUUUGAUAAAAAGGAAUAUUUCGCAAACGACUUACGAUCUCAGAAAUGCUCAGAAUGAUCUGGCCGUUCCUAAGCCAAGACGCGACUUUCUGAAAAAGAGCCAGUUCGAUAUAGUGGUGCUAAACUAUGGAAUGAUCUUCCUGGUGAAGCUAAGGAAGCCCUAUCAAAAUGUUCUUUUAAAAAUAUUGUAAGGCAAAGUAACUAACCUAAUAUUAAUCUAAAUGGAUAAUUACAGACAUUUAUAUGGCCAAAUCACACCAAACCACCAACUUCCUUUUAAACCAUUCUAAUUAAUUACUGUAUAUAUUGCAUGUAUUUGUACUUAUAUUUGUCUUUUUUGUAAAUAGUUUUUGUAAAUUUUCAAAUGUCGACGCCCCUUGUGGAAAUCAACUCUCUUUGUUCACAAGGCUAGCGUCUUUAAAUAAAUUUUUACAUACAUACAUACAUACAUACAUACAUACAUACCCCCAUUUACUAUAAACUACCCAGUACGAAAUUCAGCGCCGUUCGUUUUAUUGAAGAUAUAUUUUUCUACUCUAGGGGUCACAAUGAAAUGGAUGAGCCUUCCUUCACUCAGCCAACAAUGUACAGCGGUAUCGUAUCACGUGAUCAAGUCCCAGACCUCUACUUUACGGCCCUCUCUGAGCAAGGUGUUGACACUGAAGAUAUUUCUAGUGAACUUGAAGUAUAUAAAAACUUUCUAUCAGAAGAAAGUAAGAAAGCGGAGACUUACGAAGCUGAGGCGUCUCAUCUUUCUAAACAGUGGACUGGGAUAAAGUCCGCGCAGAAAGGCGUGGUCGCCCAUUUUGAUACUGGUGAGUGGAGAUUGGAGAACUAGUUACCAAGUUGCUUACUGUCAUAUAUUAUUGGACUGUUGUUAGUAUUUUAGUUAUACUUAUUGUCAGUGUAGGAACAGGAACAGGAACAGGAACAGCCUUGUCCAAAUGAUUUCGAUUCCCUUGUUUUAAUUUCUGACUACCCCAGCAGGAAAUUGAAUCCAAGGUCUUUGCACAGGAAAAAAAUUCAAUUUCAUUAAUGGUUUUGAAUGUAAAAACUGAACUUUUCCAUUAUUGGUUAUGUUUGAUGUUUACCAUUAAUGGUAUUUUUCCUGUGCACAGGAAAAUACCAUUAAUAGUAAAUAUUACACAUCAUGUUUUUUACCAAUUUACCAUAUUGGAAAUCUUUAAUAACCAAUAAUGCUAAGAAUUCAGUUUUUUAGUUUUUACUUUGAUAAGUCUUCAAUCUUCAUGAUAAAUCUUUAAAAACCAUUCAAAAACCCAUUAAUGAAAUUCAAUUUUUUUGUGUUUCUUUUAACCAGCGCUCUAUUCAGAAACAGUACCAGAUACAGUACACACUCAACGUAUACAGAUACAGUACACCCUCAUCUAAACAUUCCUAACUUAUCCGCUCGUUCACAUCAGGAGAAGAAAGUCGCACCUAAAAUCGCAGCAAAAAUUACGUGUAAACGGGCCUUAAGGCUUAAACAUUCGAAAUUCCAUCUACAAAAAACCCUUCAUUAGUUCUGUCGAGUGAGAUGCCUAAAUUCUUGAUAUUAAAAUGAUUUAUGUUUCUCCACAUAAUGUCAACUGAUAUUUCUCUCAUUUACUGUCUUGCCUAGGUUGUGAUUUGGACGUGUUGCUAUUCGUUGGCGCCAAAUCUUGUGAGAUUGAACCGGAAGUAACUAUUCAUCCACAUUUACAUAAAACUUUCUGUGAAGCUCGGAUGGCAAAGCUUCAAGCUGACAGCAAUAUAGACUGGGCCAGCGCCGAGGCUCUUGCGUUUGGCUCGCUGCUUUAUCAAGGUACGCAGUGUAUG